AUGGAGAAUGGCACUGAGGUGAAUUACUUUAGACUCUUGGGUCUGACUGACAUCCCAGAGCUACAAGUCCCCCUCUUCAUAACAUUUACCAUCAUUUACCUCACCACUCUCAUGGGGAACCUGGGGAUAAUCAUGUUGAUUCUAUUGGAUCCUCGUCUCCAUACUCCCAUGUAUUUUUUCCUCAGUAACCUCUCUCUGGCAGACUGUGUUUAUUCUUCUGCUGUUACUCCCAAAGUGAUGGCUGGGCUUCUCACAGGGGAUAAAGUUAUCUCUUACGGGGGGUGUAUUGCUCAGAUGUUCUUCUUUGUGGCUUUCGCUAGUGUUGAUUGCUUUCUACUUGCUGUCAUGGCCUACGAUCGUCAUGCAGCAGUGUGCAAGCCCUUGCAUUACACCAGCACUGUAACCACCAAUGUGUGUGCUCAAAUGGCGAUAGGCUGCUAUCUCUGGGGCUUUAUUGAAUCUGCAAUCCACACCGGGUUCACCUUCUGCCUAUCCUUCUGCCAUUCUAAUGUGGUUCAUCAUUUUUUCUGUGAUAUUCCUCCAAUUCUGGCUCUUUCUUGCUCCGAUAUCUAUAUCAAUGAGAUUGUGCUCUUUAUCUUGGCAGCUUUCAAUGUUGCUUUUGCCCUGAUAGUCAUCUUGACUUCCUAUCUGUUCAUAUUCAUUGCCAUUCUGAGGAUGCGCUCAGCAGAAGGACAGAAAAAAGCCUUCUCCACUUGUGCUUCUCACCUUACUGCCGUAACCAUAUUCUAUGGAACUGUGAUCUUCAUGUACUUACAACCCAGUUCUAGCCAUUCAAUGGACAAUGACCAAAUGGCAUCUGUGUUCUAUACAAUAAUAGUGCCCAUGUUGAACCCAAUUGUCUAUAGUCUAAGGAAUAAAGAAGUUAAUAAUGCUUUCAGAAAAGCCAUUGAGAAGAUGAAGGCUCUGUUUAACAUGUAA